AUGAACGAAUCAUUUAACCGGAGCCACGAUUUGCCAAUUAUAGAAGACGUUGAAAACCAGCCACUUCUAGACAAUACGCGCGAGAUCGAGAAUACCAACUCCAUUGAAAACCAACUCAAAUCUGCUAAAUCUGACCUUCAGCAUCGCAAAAGGGGUCCCACAACGCCGUUGGCUGCAUCUAUGAACGACCACGUUGUUCUUAGAAGAAAACUCGACCGUCCCGCUUCUCAAAUACGGUAUCUUGAAUUCGGAUCUAAUGAGCUUCUAGAAGCAAAGUACCAGAGCUGGGCUCUUGCUGAACAGUUAAAGAGAAACGAAGAAUUGGUGCGUUUUCUUGAACUUGAAAUGAAGUUUGCUGAAGAACAACCACCAUUGUAG